AAAUCUUCAAAAUAUUUAUCAUUUUAAAUAAUUUAACAAUAUUAAUUAUUUCUUGUGUGAUGAUGUACCAAUUAUUUCAAGUGAUGAAGAAAAAUAAUGUUACAUUAUAUUAAUAUCUUGGUUGAAAAUAAAAAGAUAAACCAGUUAAUAAUGGAGGGACCAGAAGUAACAUUUUUAUUUCAAUUUGGUUUAAUUCGUGACACUAUUACAGUUGAAAGCAGUUCGUUAACUCUUAAAACUCUAAAAGAAUUUGCUUGCGAUUUUAUAAAUAAUAAGUGUCCUGAGCAUGGUUUAAAUCACUUGUUUGAACGAUUGCUUUUAUUUAAGCAUGAUUAUAAUUCUACUAAUAUCUUACAACUUAUUACAAAUGCAACAGAAGUUGUUGAUGAAACCUUAGUGGAAAUUGUUCUAACUGCACAAGUGCCAAAUGAAGAAGUUCCCAUUCGUCCCCAUGCUUUAACAGUUCAUUCGUAUAAAGUUCCAACAUUUUGUGAUUUUUGUGGAGAGAUGUUGUUUGGUCUUGUUCGACAAGGUCUAAAAUGUGAAGGUUGUGGAAUGAAUUAUCAUAAAAGAUGUGUUAUUAAAGUACCCAAUAAUUGCUCACACGAUGUCAGUCAAAGAAGACGUAGUUCAACGAUGCUAAAUGUACCAAGAUCUCCGAGUCAAGGAUCCACUAGUAGUUUGACCAGCAUUAGCGAUGAUAAUCAUAGUACAAAUAAUACACCGAAUGCAAGUCAAAAUAAUAGUACUUUGACAAUACCAAGCAUAGUAGCUCCAAAACAAUCUCGUUCUCCUUCCCUGGGUGGAAGGCCAGUUUGGGUCGAGCGAGAACUUGCAACACGUAUAAAAAUUCCGCAUACGUUUGUAGUACAUACUUAUACCAGGCCAACCGUAUGUGGAUAUUGUAAAAAAUUAUUACGUGGUUUAUUUAAGCAAGGCCUACAGUGCAAAGAUUGUCAAUAUAAUGCGCAUAAGAAAUGUAUUGAAAAAAUACCUAAAGACUGUACUGGAGAAAAUCCGCGAGACAAUACAGGGAGUGAAUAUCCUGAUAGUGGUGUUGGUAGUGAACCAGAAGGAAAAUGCGACGGCAGAAAUGAAGAAGGCGAUGGCGACAGUGAUGUUGAAUCUCCAUCACCCCCUCAACAUUCAUCAUUUGCAACAGAUGAAACAAAAGCAUCAGAGGAGUAUACUGAUCAAGUUCCAAGUAAUGAUGAUGUUAUUUGUGAUGAAUUUCAAAAAUCGAGACCAUCAAGUUGCAGCUCUACCCCAAGCAAUAAUAUUCCUCUAAUGCGUAUAGUGCAAAGCGUUAAACACACAAAACGACGUGGUUCAAAAGUUCUAAAGGAGGGUUGGAUGGUACAUUUUACAAGUCGUGAUCCAGUGAGGAGAAAACAUUAUUGGCGGCUUGAUACAAAGGCUAUAACAUUAUUUCAAAGUGAAAGUAGUUCCAAAUAUUACAAAGAAAUUCCAUUAGUUGAGAUACUGUCUAUCGAAACUGCUACGACAUCUCGUUCGCAAACAAUGCAUUGUUUUGAGUUAAAAACUGCCAAUAUGGAUUAUUAUGUUGGAGAAGAUUCUUCAUAUGGAGAUAAUUGUAGCCAAGUUCCUGCACCAGAAAGUGGUAUAGGAGCACACGUAGCCAGAUCGUGGGAAACAAGUAUUAGACAAGCACUUAUGCCAGUAACUACUGUAUCAGCUAAUCAAGAACAAUCCACAGAACCUGAAGAAAAUGUUACAGAUAUGUCUCAGUUGUAUGAGAUCUUUCCAGAUGAAGUUUUGGGUUCUGGUCAAUUUGGUACAGUAUAUGGAGGUAUUCAUCGUAAAAGUGGUCGAGCGGUUGCCAUAAAAGUUAUUGAUAAGUUACGUUUUCCUACGAAGCAAGAAGCACAACUUAAAAAUGAAGUUGCUAUUUUACAAAAUCUCUCUCAUAGCGGAGUUGUUAACUUAGAACGAAUGUUCGAAACUCCAGAACGAAUAUUUGUAGUUAUGGAAAAGUUAAAGGGUGACAUGCUGGAAAUGAUAUUAAGUUCAGAGCGUGGUCGUCUCAGUGAACGAAUAACUAAAUUCCUAAUUACACAGAUAUUAGUAGCGUUAAAACAUUUACAUAGCAAAAACAUAGUACAUUGCGAUUUAAAACCUGAAAACGUGUUGUUAAGUAGCGACAGCGAAUUUACACAAGUAAAAUUAUGUGAUUUUGGAUUUGCUAGAAUCAUAGGAGAGAAAAGCUUUAGAAGAAGUGUUGUAGGUACUCCAGCAUAUCUAGCACCCGAAGUUUUAAGAAAUAAAGGUUAUAAUCGGUCUCUAGAUAUGUGGAGUGUUGGUGUAAUUAUUUAUGUAUCUUUAAGCGGUACAUUUCCUUUCAAUGAGGAAGAAGACAUUAAUGAACAAAUACAAAAUGCUGCUUUUAUGUAUCCGCCAGUUCCUUGGCAAGAAAUCUCAUCUGAUGCUAUUGAUUUAAUUAAUAAUUUACUACAAGUAAAGCAGAGAAAACGUUUCACUGUAGAUAAGAGUUUACAACACGUGUGGCUCCAGGAUUAUCAAACAUGGUGCGAUUUACGAGAAUUAGAAGCAAAAGUGGGAUAUCGUUAUUUGACCCAUGAAAGUGAUGAUGCUCGGUGGCUAGCAUAUAGUAAUCAACACACAUGACAGACCACCCCGCCUACAUUGAACAUCGAAACAUUGCCAAAUAAUUUGUCGAUACACAAAGGUUGGGCUCGUAGUGCUCGAGCUACGCUGCGACGUUUUAUUCGUGCCUGAUUUGAACACAUUUAUGAAAGGAAGUACAAUUCUAUCUUUCAUUGUAGAUAUAAAGAAAUUCAUUAAUACGAUAUCAAUAAGCGUAUCUUCCAAAACGUUUUACUUAGAGAAUAAGAAUUUUACUUAAUGAUAUUUGAUUAGACUGCAAUAUAU